AUGUAACAGGAAAGCAUAUACAACUUAAUUCCAAAGGAGUAUGUCCCUCCACCCAAGGAGCCCAUGUAUAGAUCUGCAUAUCCUUCGAAUCUUGUUCCUACUGGCAGCACUUUUAAUAACCACACAACAAGCAGACCAAAAGUACUUUUGUCGGUUAUCUUUUAAGAUUAACAAUAUCAAUGGAGAAUUUGAAUUAGUGAAAGGUCCUCAUUCUCACAAAGGAUAAUCGAAUUCCUUGGGUAGACCAAAAGGUAAUUUGAAUAUGAUGAUGAGAUAGGCUCAUAUAAACCUGAUACAACUAUGUUCAGAUUGAAGAACACUGGAACCAUGGGAUCAAACUAAUUACCUGAGAGUAUCAAAGCAUCAUUAAAAUUUAGUUCAAACUUAUAAAUAUCCACCUUCUGUCAAACCAUAAGUCCCAAAAAAGGAUGAGAAACCAAUACAUGGUUUGAAAUCAAAUAAAAACUUUAUAAUAACGAAUGCUGUUGAAAAUAUCCUAUCGGCCCCAAAGUAAAUUGUUGAAGAUGUUGCUUGGACGUCCAAAAAGGAUUAUGGAAAGGUUCCAGAUUAUUUAACCAAAAUAAAAUCAAGCAUUUCAAGUGAAUAUGAAAUCAUAAGAAACAUGCAUAUUAGUGAGGCGGAAGAAAUGGACAAACAAAAAUACCUUAUGUCUUAGGAAGAAGUUCAAUAACUAAAAGAAGGACUCAAAAAGAAAUGGGAAUCAGUCAACAAAGAGUAUUAAUCAAUUACUCAUAUCAGAAUGAUUGACACCGUUGGUUUGAAAAGAAAGUAAAUCUAAUUAUGACUAUUACAAGGAAAGAGUAAUGUGAAAAAGAAUUAGCCUAAUUAGAAAAAGAUAUAGAAAAAUUAAACAAGAACUAUGUAUUUGUUGAUACACAAAAAUGAUUCCAUUUUAUAAUAUCA